UUCCCCGGCGCGAGUCUGCGCCUGCGCAGUAGCAGCAGAUUAGAGCGAGUACGACCAGUCGUUUCAAGGAGCCGAAGGAAAUGCUUAAUUUUCCUUUCACUUUUAAGUUUUGUCGCAGCACUUCCUAUUAGAAACCAUGGCUGGUACUGUGGCUUCAGAAGACCAGAAAUUCUGCUUGAAGGAGGUGCUCGACACUUUCAAGUUGUGUCUGUCAGAAAAUAAAGAAGUCUACCUUGAACACUACGUUGCUGGGUGGCGUGGACUUAUAAAGUUUCUGAACAGCUUGGGAAGCGUCUUUGGCUUCAUUUCUAAGGAUGCUGUCAACAAGAUCCAGAUCCUGGUCAACUAUCUGAAUGGUGAGAACGGGUCCCAGUAUAUCACCUUCCAGUCGAUGGUAAAAUAUGAGCUGGAGAACGAACUGGUGGACCUCAACAAGAGAGGCAGCCACCCAGAGUCGGGCUGCCGUACUCUGCUGAGGCUCCACCGUGCACUGAGGUGGCUGGAGCUGUUCUUGGAGCGCCUCCGUACCAGCACCGAGAACUGCAAGACCUCUGUCAUGUGCGCAGAGGCUUACAACGAGUCCCUCUCCCAGCACCACCCUUGGGUGGUCCGUAAAGCCGCGGGUAUGGCAUUCUGCAUGCUCCCCGGACGCCUCGCUUUCUUUGAAGUGAUGAACGUAGGCCAGCCAGAGCAGGUCGUGGCCAUGCUGGGGGAAGCUCUGCCUCUGGUCUCUGAGGUGUAUCAGAUCACAGAGGAACUUUACGCUCAACAUAACCUGCUUGACUUACCUUAGAGAGGAAGAAGUGCUGUGAUUUGCAACUUCAUACAUGACGUGAUUAAGCUCCUGAUGACGGGCUGUCAAGCUAGCUGCUACUACUGUUUGGUGAUUUGAGGGUUGUGUGUUGUCGCUACAGUGUUGUGCACAAAUAUAAUUUCACUUACAUUAAUCUGUACCUACUGCAUUCCCACUUUUUAAUAUAAAACUACUGUAAUGCUUGAUGUUUAUCUUUACUCUUUAUGAGGCACAUGUGAUUGAUCUUUUUAAUUCAUCCUGUAGAUUUUUUUUAAUAGAUGAAAGGAACAACAGUGGGGACCAGAAGUCUUUGCUCACUGCUAAAAGCUGCUUGUUUUCACCAUUUAUCAAAAAAUCAAGUUCCUUUGUUUGACAAAGUUGAAACUUCUUAUUAGGGAACACAUUAUGUAGAACUGCUACCAUUCAUGAUUUUUAUAUAUUAGAAAAAUGCAUGUAUGAAAUAAUAAAGGAAUAUAUUUUUGCACUCUAUAAGUUUCUUAAGAUCGCAGAUAUUAACACAUUUAUGCGCUUGUAACACAGUAGGAAUUGCUCUUAUCUAAUAUUAGAUGAUCUGAUUUUGUUAGAAAAGUAAAAAUACAAAAAAACAAAACUACAGUUAAAAUACAAAUUAGCAAACUGCAGCCUUAAAGGGAGAGUAGCAGUUUCCAAACCACUUCUACAACGACAAAAAAAAGUCUAAACAUGCCAAAUGAUACCAAAAUUAUACAAACCAAAAGCAAGGUAAAAUAUACUGAGAAAAUUUUACUUUCACUAGUUUUAUUGUAUUAUUUUUUUGUAGUAAAAAUAUGUAAUCUCACUUUAGUAAUGUCUUUGUUUUUGGUAAAUUACGAAACAAAGUUCUUAGUAGUGGACUCAGAAUUGUUAACCCCACUGUGUAUGAUCUACAUGUAAUUAUUCAUUUACAUAUAAAUGAUAAAACAUGCUAUAUUUAUAGCUAAUGCUAAUGAUUUAAGGAUAUGGUAUAUGGUUUUGAGGUAUAUGGUAUGUCCAUUUAUAACAAUAAAGUAAAUGUAUUGAUAAUGGGUUAUUCAUUAUUUGAAGUGAAUGGUGUAUUGUUUUACAGUAAUAUAUAUAUUGUGUGUAUAUAUAUACAUGAUAUUACUUCAAACUGAAUUGUCGGCUACAUAAACAGUGGAGCUUAAUAAAAAAAAAAGUCCACCUGAUUGUCGUGAAUUUGUGUGAUGUUAAAUUUAUUUUUUACAACUGAUUAUUGAUUCAUCUGAGAAACAUUUUGCCCAGUGGCCUGUUACCUGUUGUCUAACGUAAAUGAGGAAGUAAUUUAACUAAUAAAACUAAUCGUGUCCUGA